AUGUCUAACAACAAUUCAUUGCCUUGUAUUCAAAAGUUAAAUCAAUUAAAUGAAUCAGCAUGGCUUGCGAUGGGUGCUGCUGCCGAAUUGUUGCAAGAAUAUGAUAGAGCAAUGAGUGCGUAUGAAUCAGCCUUGCGACAUAAUGCUUAUUCUAUUACUGCUUUACAGGGUAUUGCCUCACUUUGUCGGGGAAGAGAACAGUUUCCAAGGGCUAUUGAGUAUUUUCAAAGAAUUUUAAAUAUUGAUGCAAGGAAUGGUGAUAUUUGGGGAUCUUUAGCAUUGUAUCAUUUACCCAAUCCUAAGGAACCUAAACUCUGGUAUGGGAUAGGAAUACUUUAUGACCGUUAUGGCUCACUUGAUCACGCCGAAGAAGCUUUUUCUCAAGUUAUAAGAAUGGAUUCUAAAUUUGAAAAAGCAAACGAAAUCUAUUUUAGAUUGGGGAUCAUUUAUAAACAACAACUAAAAUACGAACAAAGUUUAGAAUGUUUCAAAUAUAUUUUAAAUAAUCCGCCAAGACCUUUGACAGAAGUUGAUAUUUGGUUUCAAAUCGGACAUGUGUAUGAACAACAAAAAAACUUUACCACUGCCAAAGAAGCUUACGAACGCGUUCUAAUAGAUAAUCCUACCCACGCAAAAGUAUUACAACAACUUGGUUGGCUAUAUCAUCAACAAAGUCCUUUCAGGAACCAAGAUGUGGCAAUCUCUUAUUUAACUAGAUCUUUAGAGUCAGAUGGCAAUGAUGCACAAGCUUGGUAUUUCCUUGGACGUUGCUACAUGGCUCAACAAAAAUACGGCAGAGCGUACGAGGCUUACCAACAAGCAGUUUUUCGUGAUGGAAGAAAUCCAACAUUUUGGUGUUCUAUUGGUGUUUUAUACUAUCAAAUAAAUCAAUAUCGUGACGCGUUGGAUGCUUAUAGUCGAGCAAUUCGUUUAAAUCCAUACAUUAGUGAAGUAUGGUACGAUCUUGGCACAUUAUACGAAUCGUGCAACAAUCAAGUAAAUGAUGCGUUGGAUGCAUAUCAGCGAGCUGCUGAAUUAGAUCCAGCAAACCCUCAUAUAAAACAAAGAUUGCAGAUGCUUAGAAAUCAACAAACUCAAGGUGGCCAAACAACUGCGCCGAUUCCUCAGGAUAUAAACCCUCAGGCUUUUCAACAACAAACAAAUCCUAAUUCAAUGUUUGGAAAUAAUCCCGGACCAUUAUUAGGUUCUAGCUCCUCAUCUUCAACUUUAAUCCAACGUGAUAUGUCUCGUAAAUUGCCACCGAUGAAUGCCACCCUUUCACCAACACCAACUCAACCCACUCCGUUAAUACCUCCAAUAUCAACUCAUAUUCGUGACUCAACAAGAUCUAAUUCUCCACCACCAACACAAUUGCCGCCUCCAAUACAAAGACCAUCAUCUCCCUCAUUGGUAGUAUCUAGUUCUCCACCCCCACCUUCAUCACUUUCACAAUUACCACCUCCGCCUACACAACGUUCAUCCCCUCCUCCAUUAGUGUCUCCAUCAUCGCAACAACAUCAUCACCAUGUUAAUGAAUCAAAUAGGGCUAAUUCUCCCCCACCUCCACCCAGCAAUACUUCUACUAAUAGUAAUCAGCAUUCUCUUAAUAGUAUUAUGUCACCGCAUGACUAA